CCAUUUCAGCUUUGUGGUGUCUGCAGAAAUGUCUUUGUGGUCAUUUUUUUUUCUUACUUCCUUCUUUAUCUUUUUUUUAGUUCCUUCAUCUCUUGGAAAAUAGGUAGCCCCAAAUCUUUUUUUUUUUUUUUUUCAUUUGCGCAUACACAAUCUCAAAGCUUCAAAUUAAGUUUAAUAAUAGUACAAGAAUAUUUGUGCCAACAGUAAUUCUGGUGUUAAGUAGAUGCAAAUCAGCCAGAUUCUCUCUGCUAAUGUUGUACAUCACUGAAGGCAGUGAAUGGAAGUAUGAAAUGGAACAUAUCCCUUUGCCCACCUUUCAUUCAACACCAACUUUCAAGCACAUACAGCAGCGGCUCCAGCUGACAGUGCCAGAGCUCAGCGUGACUCCUUUUAUCCUGAAAACAAAGCUGAGCUGCACUGGCUUUGACUUAUUUAGGAGAUCACAUUUGAACUGUGAUGUCUGGUUUACUUCUCCUUUAGCUUAACAUUUGAUGCUGCAUUCAAACUUCCAUGCAGCAUUUAGCACGGAGCUUACAUCUUGGCACCAAAAACCCCACAUUGUUACAGCAACAGAACUGUCUGCAAAAUACCAACAUCACCCUUUCAAAGACACGCAAGUUGUAUGGUUUUCCUGGUUGAUCUGACAACGUACUUAUAGGCCAAAUCUUAAAAGUGGCGAAACAAUGUGUGAGUCAAUUGUCUUGCACAAAUCAAGAUUAGAUCCAUGCAGAGCUUCUCAAGAAUAGAAAGCAAUGAUUGAAGCUAGUAGCAAAUACCUUUAGAUAUUUGUGCACCAAUUUCAAAUGGAUGAAGAACAAUUAUGUAGUAGUACUUGCAGGUACAGAACACAGAGCUGACACCUGACAAUCAUUUGUCUCACUCACAAAGUAUCUGCCCUUCUGUUGGGGCGAAUCCCGAGGCUCUUCCUGACAUCAGUACACUAUCUUGAUUCUACUAGGGAUAAAAUCCCACAUCUCACUGGCUCAGCAGUGAAAGAGGUUUCUUCCUGUAAAGCAACAAUCUCAACUGUUUAAGUACGCCAAGAUUACUCUUUGAUAUGGUCAACAACCCAGCAGUAGUUGCAUUUGCAAUUGAAUAUGUUUGUUGUGGCAACUGGGACCUAAAAUUUCCAUGGAAACAUUACAAUAUAUAUAUAUUUUUUUCAAAAUAAGUAAGUAAAUUGAACAGCAUUUUGUAAAAGUUGAAUGAUUUUACGCUGAUCAUAUUUGACUGACAAUUAAAGAACUGCUUUAGCUGUGUAAUGAUUGUGGUAUAAAUGCAAUUCAUAUUAUGCAUUAUAAUAUGUCUUUUUUUAAUUAAAAACAGAAUUAAACGUUUACACUUGGAAUUAAAACACAUUUUGAAAAAAGCAGAAUUUCACACACUGAUUAGCACUGAUGAGCCUACCGCUUUGUAGCUCUAAAUAUACCUCUGCUUGAUGUGGACAUGGUGCAGAGCAUCGGGUAGAUAAUUGCAGUUAUGAAAAGAGAACGUGUGUGACCGUGCGGUGGUGUUCGUACCACUUUGUAAUGUAUAUUCCUGACUUAAUGAAAGGCUUGGUACUGCCUUGGCUGUGCACAGUUCUGCUAGAUAGCACAAUCAAAAUGGCAGAUAGUUUUUAGACUUUCUAAAAUAUCCCAGAUGAUAACGUUCUCAUAAAACAAAAGGAUAACAGCAAUAUUCUUUAGCUACGGCGAUGACAGAGGAGAAUUAUUUACUCUUGGCUUUUGUCAUUAACCCCGUCAUUGUUCCAUUUCCCUGCAAUUCCAGUGAAGGCAUUGUUGAUGGCAUAGAAACUGUUUUUGUAAAAACCAAUGCCAGGGCGGCACUGUCUCCGUACAAUGCUUCUCUCUGAUGACAUGAUGUAGAGAGAGAAAAACAACAGCUGUCUGUGGUGUGCCUGCUAGCCUGUGCCAUUUCCCACAACUCCCUUGUUGUGUGUAGGAAAAACUGCUUUCAAAAUGCAAGAAGUUAGAAAGUUCAGUUGUUUCUGAGUAAUGCUGAGGACAUAUCAAUGACUUUUGUAUGUAUUACUGCAUAUGAUAGCUCACAAACACUGGUUAACAGCAGAUUGAUUUUAAGGAUCGUCUUCCUUUCUAGAGUUCCAACACAACCACGUGAGGAGUGAAUCUGCUCUGUGUGACAGACGCCAAGCACAUGAGCCAUAAAAUCCAUGUCCUCAUGCAUGUGCAGUUACAGCUCAUUAAGCCACUGUAUCAGUGAUUUAUGUUUGAUUAAUGACUAUGUAAUCUAUAUGGGAACUGUACUACUGGUUUCUUGUACACAUUCUUUUGUAUGGAUAUACCGAUACUUGGGUGAAGUAUAUAAAAGCAAAGAAGAAAUCUCAUAAAAGAAAUAAUUAAAACAAUAUCUGGAAUUGGAGAUGUGGGGAGAUGUAGCAGAAGGAAACCCAUUUAGAAGAUCUUGGAGCAAUAUAUUAAGAAACAGUGAAAUACUUGCCAGUUACUGCAAAGUUUUCCACAUCACAAGCAAAACCCCAGCUAAACAGAAAAAAACAAUCAAUCUGACUUGGGUUUUUUUAUGGCACAGGGACAAGGCCAGGAAAAAAGCAGUAACGUCCAGCGAAGAGAAUGAACCUCAGCAUAGCUUCAAGCCCUCAAGUUAAAGGCACGAGUGAAACGCGGAGAAGCAUGAAGCGGGGAAAGGAACUGCAGCAACCUACAGCUGGCGAGAGCCUGUCAGCAUGGUGGAACACGCUGAGUUUUCCAAGGCUGGGAAGGAGCCUGGCCUUCAGAUUUGGAGGAUUGAGAAAUUUGAUUUGGUACCAGUGCCAAAAAAUCUGUAUGGAGACUUCUUCACAGGGGAUUCCUAUCUGGUGCUAAACACCAUCAAGCAGAGGAAUGGGAACCUCCAGUACGACUUGCACUUCUGGUUAGGAGAUGAAAGCUCUCAAGAUGAGCGCGGGGCAGCUGCCAUAUUCACUGUUCAGAUGGAUGACUACCUUCAAGGGAAGGCUGUCCAGCAUCGUGAAGUGCAAGGCCAUGAGUCUGCAACUUUCCUGGGAUACUUCAAAUCUGGCAUCAAGUACAAGGCUGGUGGUGUGGCUUCUGGCUUCAGGCACGUGGUUCCCAAUGAAGUGACUGUGCAGAGGCUUCUCCAGGUCAAAGGCAGGAGAGCAGUCCGAGCGACAGAGGUCCCUGUGACCUGGGAGAGCUUCAACACAGGGGAUUGUUUCAUCCUUGACCUUGGCAGCAACAUCUACCAGUGGUGCGGCUCCAACAGCAAUCGUCAAGAACGGCUGAAGGCCACUGUGCUGGCCAAGGGGAUUCGGGACAACGAGCGGAAUGGUCGCGCCAAGGUCUUCGUUUCAGAGGAAGGAUCAGAGCGGGAGGAAAUGCUACAGGUCCUGGGACCAAAGCCCAGUUUGCCAGCAGGAACUCCUGAUGAGACCAAAACCGAUACAGCUAAUAGGAAACUGGCUAAGCUCUACAAGGUCUCAAAUGGGGCCGGGAACAUGGCAGUCUCCCUGGUGGCAGAUGAGAACCCCUUCUCCCAGGCAGCCCUGAACACAGAUGACUGCUUCAUUCUGGACCAUGGCACAGAUGGAAAGAUCUUUGUUUGGAAAGGCAGGAGUGCCAACUCUGAAGAGAGGAAGGCAGCCCUGAAAACAGCUUCUGAGUUCAUUGAUAAGAUGAAUUAUCCGAAGCAUACCCAGAUCCAAGUCCUCCCUGAGAGUGGUGAGACACCUCUGUUUAAGCAAUUCUUCAAGAACUGGAGAGACAAGGACCAGACAGAAGGACUGGGACAGGCUUACAUUUCUGGUCAUGUUGCCAAGAUCGAGAAGGUUCCUUUUGAUGCCGCCACUCUUCACACCUCCAAGGCCAUGGCUGCCCAGCAUGGAAUGGAGGAUGAUGGCUCUGGCAGGAAACAGAUUUGGAGAAUAGAAGGCUCAGAGAAAGUGCCAGUGGAUCCUUCAACAUAUGGCCAGUUCUACGGAGGGGAUAGUUAUAUUAUCUUGUACAAUUACCAGCAUGCUGGAAAACAGGGACAGAUCAUUUACACUUGGCAGGGUGCUCAUUCCACUCAAGAUGAAAUUGCAACCUCUGCAUUCCUUACAGUACAGCUGGAUGAGGAGCUGGGAGGCAGCCCUGUGCAGAAACGAGUAGUGCAAGGAAAAGAGCCACCUCACCUGAUGAGUAUGUUUGGUGGAAAGCCUCUGAUUAUUUACAAGGGUGGAACCUCUAGGGGAGGCGGCCAAACCGCACCUGCAGAAACACGGCUGUUCCAAGUCCGAUCCAGCACCUCAGGAGCUACUAGAGCGGUAGAGCUGGAUCCUGCUGCCAGUCAGCUGAACUCCAAUGAUGCCUUUGUCCUGAAAACUCCCUCUGCUGCUUACCUUUGGGUUGGCCAAGGAGCCAGCAAUGCCGAGAAAUCAGGGGCACAGGAGUUGCUGAACGUUUUGGGAGCUCGCUCAGUACAGGUUUCUGAGGGUAGAGAGCCAGAGAAUUUCUGGGCUGCUUUGGGUGGAAAAGCUCCUUACCGUACCUCUCCCCGGCUGAAGGACAAGAAGAUGGAUGCUCACCCCCCUCGUCUUUUUGCAUGCUCCAACAAGAGUGGACGCUUCACUAUUGAAGAAGUUCCUGGAGAUCUGACUCAGGAUGACCUUGCUACAGAUGAUGUUAUGAUCCUUGACACAUGGGAUCAGGUCUUUGUAUGGAUUGGAAAAGAUGCACAGGAAGAAGAAAAGACUGAGGCUUUGAAAUCAGCUAAACGGUACAUUGAAACUGAUCCCGCCAGCCGAGAUAAGAGAACUCCAGUCACGCUCGUUAAGCAAGGGUUUGAGCCUCCAACCUUCUCUGGCUGGUUCCUGGGCUGGGAUGAUGACUACUGGUCUGUUGAUCCUCUACAGAGAGCAAUGGCAGAUGUGGAUGUCUAAGGAACAGGUUUUUUCUCUUUUGAAAUGGAGCAAGUAUAGUGCCUUCAGUGCCUUCAAGAGCUACUUUUUCCUGCAGGCAAUGAUGUUAAUAGCCAAUUAGCUGUGCAAUAAGUACCAAAACAAUCGUGACCAGUCAUAUUGCUCUACUCCUUGCUUUGAUUAUAUUUAAUACAAUAAAGCUUAUAUGGAAUAGAAGAAGAAUAAAAUGGCGGGCUUUGUUACUAAGAGGAAAAUAAUAAACAGACCCUGUAGAUCCCACAUUUGAACUUACUUGAAACAAAUACACCUUAGAAAAAUAAACCUUCUUUGUGCCA